AAAUCCAGGCAGCCUGGCAACCGGCAUGGUUGUUAUUUUCACAUUGAUAGCAAUAAAACGAAAGCAGCUGCUUGAUAUCGUUUGAUUUUCACGGAAAAGCCUCGAAAAAUGGUACGCGAAUGUGUGGAAGAGUCCUUUGGGCCGAAAAAGAUGACCAAAAAGUCUAUUGUAGAUUCUUGUAAAAAGAACAAGCUGUACAUUACCCCUCACCUCAAUGACAUCCUAUACCUGAACUACUCGGGAUACAACGCCAUUGAAUCACUGGAGGAGUAUGUGGGAUUGAAGUGCUUAUGGCUAGAGUGCAAUGCUAUAUCGGAGAUCAAAGGAUUGGAAUACCAAACGGAAUUGAAAUGUCUUUAUUUGCAAAAUAAUCUUAUCACGAAAAUUGAAAAUCUUGACAGUUGCAAACAGUUAGACACCCUGAACCUGUCCCAUAAUCAUAUCACCAGGAUCGAGAAUUGUGGGCAUGACAUUCUCCCGGUGCUGAAUACUCUCAACUUGUCGCAUAACUAUUUGAAGACCGCAGACAACCUGGAUCAUCUACGUCAUUGCAACUUUGUAUCAGUUUUGGAUCUGUCGCAUAAUCGUAUCGAAGACAUCGCAAUCGUUAAGAUCUUGGGCGGUAUGAAGGAGCUCCGUGUCCUUACCAUGACCGGUAAUCCGGUGGUCAACGAGAUUCCAUCCUAUAGAAAAACACUGAUCCUGGAAUGCAAAAAUCUCACUUAUUUGGAUACUCGUCCGGUGUUCGAUCGCGAUCGAGCUUGUGCUGAAGCAUGGAAACGAGGCGGUUACGAGGAGGAACGCAAAGAGUUACUUCGCUGGAAGAAGGAGGAACAGAGGAAGAUUCGUCGUAGUAUCAACGCCACCUUGAGGAUGCGUCAUCGUGGUGAUGGAGAGCCUGAGUUGUUGAAGACCAGCAGCGAUGAGGAAGAUGAAGACAAGGCUUCCAAAUGUGGCAAGGAUAUGAGCUCCAUGUUGGAAAUCAAUCAAAAAACUAAUGAACAGGCUUGGGCUGAAGUCGAAAAAAAUGUUCUGCACUACUCCUAGUGCCACAGGGUCUUCGGGUAUUUCCAGAGAUUUGCUACAAACAGGGGUGGUGGAGCUGAUGGCGAUGGAGAAGUAAUUGAGACCAGCGAAGAAGACAUUGAAGCUACUAUUGAAGAUAUCAAAGCUGUGUCACCUAAGAAAUUAAUUGAAGAAAUAUCUUCAGAUAGCGAUGGAGCGAAGGAAAACUACGAUUGCAAACCGGAUGAGGUCAUCGCGAAGCCGUGUUCUGAAAAGCUGAUAGAAGAGAUAGUAAUCGAAACAGCUGAAUGUGACUCAGGACCUUCGUCGCCUGAGUAUCAUGAGGCAUUGGAUAAGCCAAUUGAAAACAUUGUGAAUCUAACCAACGAAUCACCCUUAACUUCCCCAAGCUUUGACACUGAACCUAGAACGUUGAUUGAAGAAAUUGAACCUACCGAUGUAGAAGAAGAGCAACAAAUAGAAGAACAGCCCGCCCCAAAACCUCUUAGUAAGAAUAUGGAAAAAGUAAUGUCCACUGAAAAGGAAGACGACACCCUGAACGUUUUGAUU